UGUCGAUUUACAGGUAAGCAAGUUCUGAGGAGUGUUCAUGUAAUAGUGGAUUUUGCACGAGGAAAAGAGAAACCACUUAUAAUUAUUUGGUCGAAAAGUGCCUUGAAGAGCUUGUAACAAUGCUAUUAGAGUUUGUUAAUACCCCCGAUAGAGGAGAAACAGAGGGAAGCCCUCCUCACAAAACUCAAGACUUAUCUGACAAUUUUGUAAAAUAAGAUCGUUAAGGGUCAUUUUUUAAUGAGAGGAAUGGAGCAAGAGAAAUAUCUUAAGCCACAUUUCUCGAAAGUCCUAAACCCCUUGAUUAACUUCUUAUUCAAUAACUCAGAGUUUUACAAUAUUCCAAGUGAGAUAAAAGAGGAUAAAAGUGGUCCUUUUAAGUUUCCAGAAUAUAUUCUUAAUCCAUCUGAAGCAAAAUCUAAGCUGCCGAAUAGUAUUCAAGAUCAUCUUGGAGACAAUAAAACUGCGAGAAAAUUAAAAGAAGCAAUUAAAUCUGCUAAAAAGUCCAAACGAAGACAAAAUCGUAGCAAUGAAUACAACACUCGCCGCAACAUAUCUCAAAAUACAGCCAUGUCCAAAAACCGAAGUAUCACAAAUGAGGACUACGACCUAAUCUACUCCUCUGCAUUCGAGCCUCGAUUUUCCUCGAUCUGCAAAGACUCCGAUACCAAUUUCCCCUCCAGAUACAAGCCUACCAGACCCGUACGGCCCAAAACUAACAAAAGCUUUAACCCAGCGAACAGCAGCCACAACUUCCUUCACAAUUCUGCCAAGAAGCGGAUUAUCCUAAAGAAAGACUCAGCCAAAUUUUACCGCACAAAAGGAUCAAUUUACCAAACACCUAAUCUGAGGGAGUCAGAUGAGUUUUCACUUGAAAAGACCUCUGAGUUUAUAUCCACCCUUUCACGCCCCUUCAUUGGGGAAAGAGAGAAGUCGGCCAAUUGAGUUAAUAGGAGGAAUAAGGACGGCCUUUAUAAGGAGAGGGAUAAAGGAAGAAUGAAGGGGUCAUUAGUGAAUAAAAAAAGGAAUAUACGAACGGCCAGACCUGCCUCGAAAGCUAAGUUUAGGAAUAAUAAAGGGCAUAUUGACCAAUUUGAUAUGGAUACGUUUUGUAUUGCAGAGAGUGAUUAUCCGAACUAAUGAAAAAUUUCAAGUUUCAACAC